AUGCCCUCUCGACGAGGCACAUAUGAGAGAAGAAAGGUGCGCAACCAGGCGACACUUCUACGGCCAGCAUCGUCCUCCCCAUUGCCGGCGGACCGUCAGACGGAAAUGCAACGCUCAAGUUCUGGCGAUGGACAAGUACAAAGCCCGAACAUCUCGCGCGCAACGUCGGAGAAGACAAAGAGUCAUGCUGCUCAAUGGGAAUCCACCGAGGUGGCUGGCCGUACUGACGCUCCCGGCUCCAACAUGAGCGUGCCGAAUGCUGACCAGAGUUCUCUUGCAUCUAUGUUUGAAGCCUUUCUCAACAAGCAGAAUUCGUCUCCGGAGAGUACAGUUUCAAAGCUGGGGAUUGUCUUCUUCAAUGAAAAUUCGCCUCUGACCUUCGCUCUGUCCGAACUUCAGGGGUCGCAGCGACCGACUACAUACAACGCGGGCUCCCAUCUCCAUGAGGAUCCUGUGAUUCAGCGCAGCGAUCUCCAUCCACCUCACAUGUCGCAUCAGGAGACGGGCUUCCUCAAGUCGAGAGGCGCAUUUGACACGCCCAGGCCUGAGGUGUCGGACAUGCUUCUCGCCGCAUUUCUCGACCGCUUCAUCCCUCUCUAUUCCAUUGUGGACAAGUCGAGCUUUGUGAAAUCUUACCGGGAGCAAAGUCUGCCUUGGAUCCUCUUUCAUGCAAUGUGCUUCAUCGGGGCCACAUUCUGCGACACCAGUAGUCUACACAGGGCUGCAUUUGAGAACAGAGUGGAAGCUCGCCGAUCCUUUUAUAACAAGGCCAAGAUGCUUUUCGACUUGGGCUACGAGACUAAUAAAGUCGUGCUCCUUCAAGCGGUCCUUAUGCUCUCAUUCUGGGGACCCCAGAUGAAGAGCUAUUGGAACCCGUGUUCCUGGAUCGGCUUUGGAGUUACGAUCGCCGAGUCGCUUGGUAUACACCGGAGUGACUCCUCAACGAGUAUGGUGCCCCAGGCUAAAGGCUUGCUCCGAAGAUUGUGGUGGACGUUGGCGGUGCGAGACGCUUACUGCGCUGCGCUGCUGGGUCGACCUUUCCGGAUCAACAUGUCUCAGUGUAACACUGACAUGCUCAACAUGGCCGACUUCGACCACGAGUCCGACUUCUUGGCCACGGGAACGGAGAGCCUCAUCCAUUGCAACUAUCAGAUACAGCUAGCAAAAUUGUCGCUUGUCCUGCGCAAGAUCAUCGAGUUACGCUUCGGUCCCAGCGAAAACUUGACCACGCUACAAGAUCUGCAGGACAUGUGCAACGAGUGGAAAGCAAGACUCCCUCCGGAAGUCGACUGGGAGUUUCCCAUCACCGACUCGAACAGAAUCUUUGCAACAAGCCUACGCAUCAUUUUCCAUCACCACGUCAUCUUCAUUUACUUCAACAUGCCGAGCGUCCCGGAGGGCCGAGAAAGCGUAGAAGCCGACGUCGACAGCGCGUUUUCCAGUCUUCCCCAAUCGUCGGCGGAGGUUAUCUCGUCCACAGCCGUCACACUGAUGACGAACUCGAUGCUCGGCCUCGUUCCACAUGAGAUUUUUCCGGGCUUCUUUAUUGCGAGCAUUGUCUUUUAUAGAAGGGUGCGGAAAUCGAACCAUGUCCACGCUCAAAUGGGCCGUGCUGCCUUGGACAACUGCACAAUGGUGAUGAAUGCGGUGAGGGAACGCUGGGAUCCAGCCUUCUGGGCGAUCAAAAUCUUUGACUUCCUCGUAACCGAGGCCGCCAACUCGACGACAGCUUCGUUGACGACCGCAUGGAGUUCCCAAAAUCUGCAAUCUGGAGGUUGCGGUGCAGAGAACCCAAAUAGUGAGGUCUUGCAGGACACAACAGAAACCCAAGCCAGCGGCUACGACACCCAAAAAGAUAUCCUCCAUUCAAUUGACUUUGGACUGUCGCGGUUCGAAGUGUUGAACGAGUUUUUGUUGAUGCCGAGCUAUUUCGGGGCCACUCCAAACGCCUGGUGA